ACUGUCUAAAACCCCUUACUCUUCCUCUUUCUCUCUCUCUCUCUCUCUCUCUCUCUUUGGGUUUCUUGUUCUUUUUCUCGCGAAGACUAGCUACGACUCUGUGCCAAGAGCUUCGAACAACUCUAUUCAGAGACUCAAACCAUGAAGAAGGGAGGCUUAAGCCCUAACCUCAAGCUCUCCCUUCCUUCUGAAGAGGUUUCUUUCGCCAAGUUCCUGACUCAAAGCGGAACUUUUAUGGAUGGCGAUCUGCUCGUGAAUAGGGAUGGAGUUCGAAUCGUUUCUCAGAGUGAAGUUGAAGUUCCACCGCCGAUUCAGCCAACAGACAAUCAAUUGAACUUGGCAGACAUAGACACCAUUAAAGUCAUUGGAAAAGGGAGUGGGGGGAUUGUGCAACUGGUACAACACAAAUGGACUGGUCAGUUUUUUGCAUUAAAGGUAAUUCAAAUGAAUAUUGAAGAGUCUGCUCGGAAGCUGAUUGCGCAGGAGUUGAAAAUUAAUCAAUCGUCACAAUGCCCUUAUGUUGUUGUAUGUUAUCAGUCCUUUUAUGAUAAUGGUGCAAUUUCAAUCAUCCUUGAGUACAUGGAUGGUGGAUCUCUAGCUGAUUUUCUGAAGAAGGUCAAAACAAUUCCAGAACCGUAUCUUGCAGCCAUUUCUAAGCAGGUGCUCAAGGGUUUGCUGUACCUUCAUCAUGAAAAACAUAUUAUCCAUAGGGACCUAAAACCUUCAAAUUUGUUAAUAAACCAUCGAGGAGAAGUUAAGAUCACUGACUUUGGUGUAAGUGCAAUACUGGAAAGCACCUCUGGACAGGCAAAUACUUUUCUUGGCACAUACAACUAUAUGUCUCCAGAGAGAAUUACUGGAGGAAAAUAUGGCUACAAAAGUGAUAUAUGGAGCUUGGGCUUAGUACUACUUGAGUGUGCAACUGGUAAAUUCCCAUAUAUACCACCAGAGCAAAGUGAAGGGUGGACUAACUUUUUUGAGCUUAUGGACACGAUUGUUUCGCAACCACCACCUUGUGCACCUUCUGAUCAAUUUUCUUCUGAAUUCUGCUCAUUUAUCUCUGCAUGUGUACAGAAAGAUCCCAAGGAUAGAUGUUCAGCACAUGAACUUAUGAUGCAUCCUUUCAUCAGCUUGUACGAAGAUUUGGACGUUGACCUUUCAUCUUACUUCAAGAAUGCAGGAUCUCCACUUGCAACAUUUUAGAUCUCAUUUGUAUGUUGAAAUUUUGUGUUCUGUCCUCAACUUUAGAUUCAACAAUGAACAUAAGAACGCAAAAUAUACUGCCGUGUUUUCAUUUUAAGGCUUAUGUUAGUGUAGUUUGUACUGUUCAGGCAACUCAAGUUAGGUGGAUCUGGUGUAUGAUACUCAAGGUUGAUGAAACAUCUACCAGAACUUUAGAAAGCACAAUAGCAAGCUCUUACUGUUAACAUGACGGAAUAAAUGGAUUUCUCAAUCCGUCAUUAUACAGGAAGCACUUCUGUACUAUUAUGGGUCUGCAGAUCACAGAGAAUCCCCAUGGCUUAGAGUUUGAUUGGUGGAAAUAUUUGAUCUGUAGACUUGAGAUUCUAUGAUUGCAAGGAAAGGUACCUUUUGCUUUUCCUGUAUGAUGAGCAAAAGGAAUAUGAUUUAUUGUACAAACCAAAACAGAUACUGUAACAAAGUUGGCCAAAGGUACCUGAAAAUUUUCUGUA